AUGACACCAGACACAAGACUCUGCGGCGAGCUGCGAGGCAGUCACCGCGAUGUACCGGCUUUCUUGCAGCCCCAGGAGGUUCGCGAACAGCGUGGCACCUCACCAAGUACUGAGAGCCGCUUGCGUUGGGACAGCAAGAUCGACAUAGAAGUCGACCACGCUGCUCAGAAGCUCAUGACGGUCAGCUGUACCGCGAAGGUCGCAGAGGCCGUGGUAGCAGCAUUGACAGAUGCAGGAUCCAGGUUGCAAAGAUGUUCAACCGCGUGCAUCUUACCGAAGGAAAGCAGGUCGCUUGCUGCCUGCUUGAAGCAGGAGGAUGAGGUUACCGCAGUGGCUUCGCAAUCCUUCUUGGAUGCCUGCUCCAACCUCGGGGCGGUCCUGAUCUCACUGGCUUCGGCCAUGAGCCAAAGCCUGCUGCUCCCUUUGGAGUCUUUUCAUCGUGGUGCCAGCGCAGAUCACCUCAGGAAGAAAGCCGCGCUGGACGGACUUCGUGAGCAAGAGCUGAGCUGCUCCAACUCCGUGACCGAAUCCUUGCAGAAGCGCGACAGAGCUCGUGUUGGCCUGCAGAGUGCCAUGCGGGAGCAGGAGAAGGCCCAAAAGAAAGCUGGAGAGAAGAAGAAAGGUCUUGCUCGCUUUACUCGGGGAGACGGGGAGAAGGACAUUGCGGCUGCGGAGAUGAAGGUCCAGAAGGCGGCUUCUGCACAGACGGCCUCCAUCGAAGAGCUGGCAUCACGAACAGAGGAGGCCAAUGAGGCUCGACUGUUGAGGGAGAGUGCCACCAAAGAAGUGGACCUCCUCCUCUCUUACAUCGAAACAGUGCGUACGAGGCUCUUGUCCCGGUGCCUGAACAGCUGCGCUGUGGCGUAUGGCGAGGCGGCCAAAAAUCUGCGAAAGAGCGCAGCAGACCUGCAGAGCCAGGUCUCCUUCUUGCGCCAGGCGCAGUCCACUAGACCAGAGAUGCCGGCUUCGGGAAGCGAUGGGCAUGAGAGCAGUUUGCCGUCUUGGGCCAUGGAGGCCCUGAAAGUGUCCAAGAAGUGCAGGAAGAGGCGCUCUCCUGGGAGGACAAGCACCCCGAGUCUCCCUUCACAACUCCAUUGCCGCAGCGCUCCACCAUCAGCCCCAACGGGUUGA